GUAUCAGAUCUGAGUAGUCCGAUCAGUGAUCACUUCAUCUCCCUCUCUCUCUCUCUCUCUCUCUCUCUAUAUAUAUAUAUAUAUAUACCUGAACUAAACCCUUGAUUCCUCAUCCGAUUGGACUCAGAUAUGGACUCGGACGAAGAAGACCAUAGAGUCCCCUUGAGCCGGAGACCGGAGUGGUCCGACGUGACUCCGGUCCGCCAAAACGACGGUCCAAACCCGGUCGUCCCGAUCGCCUACAGAGAAGAGUUCGCCGAGACCAUGGACUACUUCCGAGCCGUCUACUUGGCCGACGAACGCUCUCCUCGCUCUCUCCAACUCACCUCCGAAGCCAUCCACAUGAACCCGGGCAACUACACUGUAUGGCAGUUUAGGCGUCUAAUACUUGAGGCACUGAAUGCUGACUUACAUGAUGAACUGGAUUUUAUUGAACUUAUUGCCAAUGAUAACUCAAAAAACUACCAGAUAUGGCAUCAUAGGCGGUGGGUUGCUGAGAAACUUGGAACUGAUGCCAUGAGUACGGAACUUGAGUUCACCAAGAAGAUUUUUUUCAUAGAUGCGAAGAAUUAUCAUGCCUGGUCCCAUCGGCAGUGGGUUCUUCAGGCACUUGGAGGGUGGGAAGAUGAACUUGACUAUUGUCAGCAGCUUCUCGAAGAUGACAUUUUCAACAAUUCUGCUUGGAAUCAGAGAUAUUUUGUUGUCACAAAAUCACCCCUCCUUGGAGGCCUGGAGGCCAUGCGAGAGUCGGAAGUACGUUAUGCAGUGGAAGCCAUUAUAGCCAAACCCGAGAAUGAAAGCCCAUGGAGAUACCUUCGAGGCCUUUACAAAGACAAUGCAGAGUCUUGGAUCAACGAUUCUCAAAUCUCUUCAGUAUGUUUGAAGGUUUUGAAUUCACAAAUCAACUAUAUCUUUGCUCUGAGCAUGCUUUUGGAUCUUCUCUGCCAUGGUUUUCAACCGGGCCAAGAGUUCAAAGUUGCUAUCAAUGCUUUGACCUCAGAGUCGGAUUCACCAGAUUCAGAGUUCGCAAAAACAGUUUGUUCUCUCUUGGAACGUGUAGAUCCAAUGAGAUCAAAUUACUGGAAGUGGCGCAAGAGAACGCUUCCUGCUCAAGCAGUUUAACGUCCGAAUUGGGAUAUGGAUUUUUGCUGGUUUAAUUUGUUGACUGGUAUGAUGACUUUCUAUAUCUUGGAUUCAGUUACCUUGGGCAAUGCCGAAAGUGUAAUGUUGUAUUAUGGUUUUUCUUUAUUUCCAGUGGUUUGUAUGUUACUUACUUACAGAGACAUUCACACACGCACGCACGCAAAAAAUAAAAUAAAAAAAUUAAAGAUUUUAGCUUGAAA